AAUGCACUUGCACUCAUUAAUGUUGUUGAACCUCCUCCUCGGCUUUUAGUACAAAACACUCCUUUACCGUCACACCGUCGAGAUCAGCUCCCUCCGCCGCCGCCCCCCGACUGUGCUAUGUUCUUUCCAUGAGUCCUUGGUCGCGAGAAUCGUUCCCUCUGUAACUCUGUUCGUUGAUACAUGAAACAAUUGCUUUCUUUCAUUCCAGGUUGUUGCAAAAUAUUUCUGCUUUCUUGGCUGCAGCUCUCGGCAUGGUUACACCAACCUUUCACAUAGCAAUGUACCCUUGGUUUGCUCUUGGCCAUCUCACCCCUUUCCUCCACCUCUCCAACAAACUAGCCAAGAAAGGCCACAAAAUCUCAUUCCUAAUCCCCACCAAAACACAAAAAAAGCUACAACCCUUCAAUCUCCACCCUGAACUCAUCACCUUUGUCCCCAUCGCUGUCCCACCCGUACCCGGUCUACCCCCUGGUGUAGAGACCACUGCAGACGUCGGCAUGGCCUCGCAUACCCUUCUCAUGGAGGCCAUGGACCGCACAGAGGACUACAUUGAGCGUCUCCUCCGCGACCUGAAACCGGACUUCGUGCUCUUCGAUUUCGCCUACUGGCUCCCGGGGGUGGCCCGUCGUUUAGGAAUCAAGUCUGUUCACUACUGCAUCAUCAGUCCUGCAACGACAGGUUACUCGAUGUCCCCAGCAAGGACACUCGAUGGCAGGGAGGUAACGGAGGGAGACCUAAUGUUGCCCCCACCUGACUACCCGGAUUUGUCGAUCAAGCUACUGCCCCAUGAGGCACGAGCCUUCUACGGCAUGAGGACUUGGAAGUACGGCGGAGAUGUGCUUUUUUAUGAUCGUCUCCACGCCAGCUUUACCCAGUGUGAUGCCCUGGGAUUCAGGACAUCUCGAGAGAUCGAAGGGCCUUUUUGUGACUAUCUGGGACACCAUUUCGGGAAGCCCGUCCUGCUUUCGGGACCCGUUAUUCCAGAGCCACCCACCUGCCCUUUAGACCAUAAAUUGGCUAAGUGGCUAGAUCAGUUCAAAUCCGGUUCGGUUAUUUUCUGUGCAUUUGGAAGUCAGUGCAUCUUGGAAAAAGGCCAGUUUCAAGAGUUACUGUUGGGUCUAGAGCUUACUUAUAUGCCGUUUAUGGCGGCUCUGAAGCCACCUAUGGGAGCCGAGACUGUUGAAGAAGCAUUGCCAGAGAUGUUUGAGGAAAGAAUUGGAAAAAGAGGGGUUGUGUAUGGGGGUUGGGUUCAGCAGCAGCUAAUUCUAGAACACCCAUCAGUGGGCUGCUUCAUUACCCAUUGCGGGUCGGGUUCUUUAUCGGAAGCAUUGGUGAAUAAGUGUCAGUUGGUGCUAUUGCCUUAUUUCGGGGAUCAGAUAAUUAACGCGAGGAUGAUGAGUGUGAGUAUGAAGGUGGGAGUGGAAGUCGAGAAAGGGGAACAAGACGGGUUGUUCACGAGGGAGAGCGUGUGUAAGGCAGUGAGGACGGUGAUGGAAGAAGGCGACGAGGUUGGGAAAGAGGUUAGGGCUAACAAGGCUAAGUUGAGGGAGUUGUUGAAGAAAGAUCUGGACUCGUCUUACAUUGACAGUUUCAAUGAGAAAUUGAGAGACUUCUUGUUGAGAUAGUUGGGGAUUCUGAUGCUUGUUUUGAGGAUUAUGUUUUCAACUGGGGAUGUGUGGUGAACUCGUGUGUUAAUUAGCUACCAAACCAAAUUAUACAAGUUUUGUUGUCUGCUUAUCACAUUUUGUUGGACUAAUGGAAGGCCUGCACAAGUUCAUGAUCUGUAUCUGCAUGUUUUGUGAGAGAUCUACUUAGACAAAUCCAUCGCACACGGUUUUGCGAAAAUUGGUUACACAUUUACCAAUUUUGGGACAACUCAUGAUUUCGAAAAGCUUUGUAAUUUGAAUGGCCAAAGUUAUCUCUCCAAUA